AUGCCAAUCUGCAUAGAAUGUAGAUACCCCGUUAAGACUCUCUACACCACCUACAGCAAGGCCGAUGACCGGUCACUCGGCAAGGGCGUGCGGCUGACGCAGUGUCCGCGCUGCAAGCGCUUCGCCGACAAAUACGUCGAGCAUGACUUUGUCGUGCUGUUUAUAGAUCUGGUGUUGAUCAAGCCGCAGGUCUACCGCCACCUCCUGUUCAACCGGCUCGGCCGCGAGGAUGGGCGCUUCGACCCCUCAAUAACCCGCCUCGGCAUCCUCCUCCUCCUCUUCGACGUCUACCUAACCUGGGCGCGCAUCGAGAAAGCCUCGCCCGGAUCCACCACCCCCACCACCGUCGGCGGCCCCUCCAACCCCACCAACGCCAACCACUUCUCCUCCCAGCCCCUCGUCCUGCAAUACCUCUUCUUCCUGCUGCACUGCUUCCUCAGCACGCUAGCCUUCCACCUCCCCAUCCGGCUGCUCUGCUCACUGCCGCCGUCAGUCCCGCGUCUGGGGUUAUUCCCCUACUACCCGCAUCCGACGCCGCUGAGCACGGCGCUGCUGGUAUCCAGCUGUACGAAGCUGUUUCCGAUCCUGUUGAUUGUGUGGGAGUAUGAUCUGCCGAGCAGCGCGACGGCGGUCAGCUGGGCGGUCAUUGUCAAUAACGUGGCGGCGCUGGAGAUCCUGAUGGACUGUGGGUACAUAAGGGCCGGGGUGUUGGUGGGUGUGGGAGCGGCGGUGAGGGCGGCGGUUGGGUGGGCUACACUGGGAUUGGUGGGACUGGAUGGUGAGAGGCUUGGGAUCGGGAGUUUGUUGUUGUGA